CGACUGUCUGGCUCCUCUCUUGGCUGCCACAGACGGCGGGCGACUCUCGUUCUUAGAUAGAAGUGAUUGCUCCGCCGGCCGAUGGCAGAAACGUCCGGGCUUCCUUUGCCGGGACCUUUUCUCGAUUUCCUCGAAGCAAACGGGCUUAACCCUGCGAUAUAUACUGCAAGCAACUCCAUUCCUCGUUAUAUACGGUUGAAGCCUGGGAGUGAAUCGCUUACCGAAGAGAUUGAAGCUGAGAUGCAGUGUAAGCUUGAGAGAGUUGGUUGGUUGCCUGGUUUCUAUUCGCUUCCUCCACAAAUUCAGAUUGCCAGCUCUCAGGCGUACAAAGAGGGAAAGAUGUAUGGAGUCGAUGCAGCCUCUGGGGCUGCUGUUCUUGCUUUGGAUGUCUCAGUGGGAGAUCACGUUCUUGAUCUUUGUGCGGCUCCUGGUGCUAAACUUUGUAUGAUAUUGGACCUUCUUGGCGAUUCUGGGUCGGUAACUGGUGUUGAUGUUGCAAGCCACAGGCUUGCAGCUUGUAGAACCAUGAUUCAGAAGUAUGGAAUUGGUGAUAGGUGCCGGCUUUUCGUCUCUGAUGGGACAAAGUUCUCCCUCAUUCCUGUGAAGGGUUGUUGGGAUUCUACUUCAUUUCAACAGGUCAACCAGAAUUGGGGUGGGGACGAUGUAUUUAAGGAGUGGACAUCUAGAAGACCAUGGAAAGAGAGGAAAAGAAAAGCUAAAACAAGGAAAUCCUCGUCAUUGAAAGUAGUUGCGGAAAGCGAUCAUCUUCCUGAACUGAUCUUUUAUGGGAGAAAUUCUGGAGUUGUUGGGUUGACCAAAAGUGAAUUGCAUCAAUCUCCACCUGAUAGUGAAGUCUCGAGCAAUGGCUAUGACAAAGUUCUGGUCGAUGCAGAAUGCACACAUGAUGGUUCAAUUAGACAUGUCCAGAAGUUUGAACAAUGGGGUUGGGAAACUCUCAACCAACGUGUAUUGAAUGCCGAGAGAACUGACAACUUGACCACUCUCCAGUUAAACCUUCUAAGAAAUGGGUUCAGGUUACUGAAAGUCGGUGGAUCCCUUGUCUACAGCACUUGCAGUUUAACAGUUUGCCAGAAUGAAGAAGUGAUAAUGAGGUUUCUAGCAGAGAAUGCUUCUGCUGAAUUGUUGGAGAUCGAUGCUGCGAGAGAUUGGCCAUGCAGGAGUGGAAGCAUACCAAAGACCUUGCGCUUUGAUCCUGUGGUGUCAAAAACCAGUGGACUGUUUGUAGCCAAGUUCACAAAACUAAGCCCGUAGCAGUUCUUUACUUGAUACGCGGACAAGUGCGUUUGUAUAUUUCACCCUGUGCUUGUUAUUUUUAAGAUACCUGGAGAAUGAGCAUUUUCGGUCUCUGUGGAUGUUGCAAAGUUGAAAAGGAAACUGGUCUGAUGGUUUCUGCAAAGUGAUUGAAAUGCGAACAAUUCCAUAACUUAA